CAGCGGGUCCGGCGGCCCGCGCUGCUCUCACUCGCCGCCGCGCCUCGGAGUUUAAGCCCCAGCGCUGCCGGAGCGCAGGCACGCCCGGGGCGCGGGUCGGAGCGCGCAGCGCGGCGCCGCCCCCCGGCCCUCGGCCCCCUAGCCCGGGCGCCCCGGAGCGGCGCGCAGAGGAAGGAGGGCGGGCGGGCGCGGCGGGCCGGGCCGGCGGGCGGCGGACUAUGAGGCGCCCACCAUGGUGCGAUGCGACCGCGGGCUGCAGUUGCUGCUGACCACGGCCGGAGCCUUCGCCGCCUUCUCGCUCAUGGCCAUCGCCAUCGGCACCGACUACUGGCUCUACUCCAGCGCGCACAUCUGCAACAGCAGCAACCUGACCAUGGACGACGGGCCCCCACCCCGCCGCUCCCGCGGCGACCUCACCCACUCGGGGCUGUGGCGGGUGUGCUGCAUCGAAGGGAUCUACAAGGGGCACUGCUUCCGGAUCAACCACUUCCCCGAGGACAACGACUACGACCACGACAGCUCGGAGUAUCUCCUGCGCAUCGUGCGCGCCUCCAGCGUCUUCCCCAUCCUCAGCACCAUCCUGCUGCUGCUCGGUGGGCUCUGCAUCGCUGCCGGGCGGUUCUACAGCCGCAAGAACAACAUCGUCCUCAGUGCCGGCAUCCUCUUCGUGGCUGCAGGCCUCAGCAACAUCAUAGGCAUCAUCGUCUACAUUUCCAGCAACACGGGCGACCCAAGUGACAAGCGCGACGAAGACAAAAAGAACCAUUACAACUAUGGCUGGUCUUUCUACUUCGGAGCCCUGUCGUUCAUCGUGGCCGAGACCGUGGGCGUCCUGGCCGUGAACAUUUACAUUGAGAAGAAUAAAGAGCUGAGAUUUAAGACCAAACGGGAGUUCCUCAAGGCCCCCUCCUCAUCCCCCUACGCCAGGAUGCCCAGCUACAGGUACCGGCGACGGCGCUCCAGGUCCAGCUCCAGGUCCACCGAGGCCUCGCCCUCCAGGGACGCGUCGCCGGUGGGCCUGAAGAUCGCGGGGGCCAUCCCCAUGGGUGAGCUGUCCAUGUACACGCUGUCCCGGGAGCCCCUCAAGGUGACCACGGCGGCCAGCUACAGCCCCAGCCAGGAGGCCAGCUUCCUGCAGGUGCACGACUUCUUCCAGCAGGACCUGAAGGAAGGCUUGCACGUCAGCAUGCUGAACCGGCGGACGACCCCCGUGUGAGCGACGACCCCCGUGUGAGCACCCCUCUCAGCGCCAGCCUCUCCCCCGAAUGGCUGUGUGGACCCCACUCGAGGGCACCGAACCCUCCAGGUGGACUGGCCACGGACCGCAACCAAACCCAACCCUCCCUGGUCUCUAGGUGUGUCGCGGGCUGGCUUGGAGCAAAGCGCCAGGAGACUAGAAUCAGAAGCGGAAGGCUGACUUCACCCCCAAACAGGGUGUUCUGAUGCCUGGGCUCUGAAACACCCCAGGAGGCCGCCCAGCCUUCACAAACCCGAGAAAACAACAUCGAGCCAUUCUCUCCUCUCGGAAACAAGUAUUUCCAGGAGAACCGGCUUCCGGGGCCUUCUCUCCCUGCCUGGGCACUGGGCCACUGAGCAGCCACUGGCUGGGCCACGGGGGCCUCAGGACACUGGUCAGCCGCUUUCUGACCUGAGGUUUCUGUGCCCGAGAGCUAGACACGUGGAAGCUAAAGCUUGCCCCGUCCUUCUUGUCUAUCCGUCGUCCGUCUGUCUGUCUGUCUCUGGCAGUGGCCUGUCGUGGCAGCGAUCCUGAGGAGGGAGCCCUGAAGCCAGCUGGUGCUUUGGGCUUUGCACUGCCCCGGGGCCAGCUCCCCUCCAACCUGGGAGGCCUGCGGAGGAAUCCACAGAGCGGGAGGCUUUCGCUGGCCCGGACAUGAGGUCAAAGCCGGAGUCUGCUGCUGCCUUUCCCAUCUGCUUCUGGAAGUUUCCGCCUCACCCAGAAAGGGCAGAACACACUGACUGUACUUGAGAGUCUGAAGGUUCCACAGCCAGAGGAAGGUGGCCCUCUGGCCUCUUGCUGUGUCCCACCCCAGUGGCCUGAGGGCUGCUCGUGGGGAGAGCACAGGACAGACGUGGCACACACACUGGUGUUUGGCGACAGGAGCCUGAACGCCUGGGCAGACCCGAGGGGGAAGCGUGACCAAAAACCCAGAGAACAAAGGUCCACGUCCUAGGUGGUUAUUAGUCAUGGUUCACUGCACAUAAACACCAGGAGAGCAGGUUACGUUCGUUCCUCAUCUUAAGCAGUAGCGGGACACCGCCCCCGGCCCCUCCUGUCGCCACUCACUCCGCCACCCCUGAAAGGGCUCAGCGAGGAAGCGGGCGCAGGGCCACGCUGCGACCUCCUUCCCCCUCACCAGACCGACGGCUCAGCGCCUGGGACCAAGGAGGCCACUUCCCUGUUGCAAGUUUUUCCAAAUAUAGCCCUUCCCCUCCCCCAGAGUCAGCAGAGAACAUGGAAGCAUGUUCGGGUUCAGAAGAAACACUUUAUGG